AAAAGCUGAUAAAGCAGAAAUGAGUGUUUUUCCUCUUACGGCAGCGAAUUGAUGAAAUCCAGUGUUGUGGUUAAUGUUUCAGUAACAGGUGUGGUUAUUAUCCGUGCAUUUAAAGCUGCUCCCUGCUUUCAUUUUUCUGUUAACCACAGCUGAACAUCUCCACCAACCAUGGGAGACUGGGGAUUCUUGUCGAGUUUGCUGGAUAAAGUCCAGUCCCACUCCACGGUCAUCGGGAAGAUCUGGAUGAGCGUCCUGUUCCUGUUCCGGAUCAUGGUUCUGGGCGGCGGCGCCGAGAGCGUCUGGGGCGACGAGCAGUCGGGUUUCGUCUGCAACACUCAGCAACCCGGUUGUGAGAACGUCUGCUACGACUGGACCUUCCCCAUCUCGCACAUCCGCUUCUGGGUCCUGCAGAUCAUCUUCGUCUCCACGCCGACGCUGGUCUACCUGGGCCACGCCAUGCACGUCAUCCACAAGGAGAACAAGUUAAGGGAGCUGAUGGCCAGCCCCGGAGGCUGCCGCAAAACGCCCAAGUACACCAACGAGAAGGGCAAGGUGAAGAUCAAGGGGAACCUGCUGGGGAGCUACCUGGCCCAGCUGGUGGCGAAGAUCAUCAUCGAGGCGGCGUUCAUCGUGGGUCAGUACUACCUGUACGGUUUCAUCAUGGUACCCAUGUUCCCCUGCUCCAGAAAGCCCUGCCCCUUCACCGUGGAGUGCUACAUGUCCAGACCCACGGAGAAAACCAUCUUCAUCAUCUUCAUGCUGGUGGUGGCCUGCGUCUCCUUGUUUCUGAACGUGGUGGAGGUGUUCUACCUGCUCUGCACCCGGCUCCGAUGCAGAUCCAAGCCUCGCGUUCAUAAGAUCACGUCGGCGGAGAACCCGGCGGGGCUGUCGGGGCCGUCGGGGCCCAGGUGGUCGACCAACGACGAAGCGCUGAAGCAGAACAAGCUCAACCUGGAGAUGGAGAGCAACCAGAGCAUCGGUGGAAGUCUGGACGGCGCCAAGGAGGAGAAACGACUCCUGAGCGGACAUUAAAACCACCACCGUCACCCUUCACGUGUAUUCAAAUGAUGGAUUCUUCUUGUUGAUUUUCUCUAAAUAUGAAAGUGGACCUUGCUUAAAAUAUGCAAAAAUAUCAGGGAAAUGCUUCGUCACUGGUUGAAAUGUGACGUUCUGUAGGAAAAGACU